GAUGGUGGACACUUGGCAGUUCCUGCCCAUUUUUCUGAUAAAUUAUUCGAUAUUUUGAAGCUUGUAGUGGUUAUUGAUUAAUGUUAUACCUGGGAGAAAGCGUUUAGACCAUGCAGACAUGAGUGUGAAGGCAUUUGAGCUUAUACCCGCUGUCGAGCGGGUAAAAUUGAUGGGAGACAAGGCUAGAACACAGAUUGAGUGUAUUGACUGCUGUGGCAAGAAUCUGUAUAUUGGAACAAAUGACUGUUUUGUAGUUCACUACUUCAUUGAGGAAAAAACACAGAGCAAUGGGAGAGUGACUUACCAUUCCGAGAAGCAAGGUCAUAAAUAUCUGGCAGUGAAAAAGCCGGUAGUCCAAGUCAAAGCUGCAUCUGCCUUAAACCGGAUCAUGGUCUUAUGUGACAAUACUCUGACCCUUCUCAACAUGUUUGACUUAGAGCCAAUACUGAGUGGUGCUAAAAUCAAGGGAGUGGUGUCAUUCUGUUUGAAUGAGAACCCUGUCAAAGCAAGCCCUUUCAGUGUGGAGAUUUGUGUGGCAUUGAAGAAGAGGCAGGUGCAAAUAUACACUGUGACUGAAGACCGGAUGGUCCACAUCAAGGAAGUAGGACUACCAGAGUCUCCUCUUACCAUGAAAAUGGACCACAAUUGCAUCUGUAUUGCUUGCACUAGUCAGUACCUAGUGGCAAAUUUUGAGACCGGACAAACUCAGGACCUCUUCCCCUAUGAACAUGAAUUUACCACACCUUUGGUUCUACGUAUAGGCAGAGAUGAGUUUCUUGUGAGUGGCCCAAGUGCAUUGGGUAUGUUCGUGACGUCUGCUGGCAAUUCCCAACGCCCACCACUGCAAUGGAGCGAUCGCUUGGUUUCCAUUGGUUACCUUCAUCCGUACAUCCUAGCCAUGAAUGAUGAGUUCAUUACAGUUCAUAGUAUUCUUGACCAGCAGCAGAAGCAGAGUAUACCAUUUCAAGGGGGUAAAUUUCUUGGCGAGUUCGAUGGUCGACUGCUCGUAUCCUCGGGGAAAGAGAUAUAUGGUCUGAUGCCAGUGGCCUGGGAAAAACAAAUUCAGGGAUUACUUGUGGAUAAGCGGGUUACGGAGGCGUUAGAACUUGCCAAGAAUGCGAGAACAACAGCAGCCAAUAAAGAGAAAUUUCAAAAGCUGUACCGCCGAAUCCAACAACAAGCAGCAUUCAUCGAGUUUUCCGAAUGUCGGUUUGAUGAGGCGAAAGAGUUGUUCAAAGAGGGACAGAUUGAUGUACGAGAGGUGCUGACUCUUUACCCCAACAUAAUGCCAGAUGCCUCCACGUUCAUGCGAUCACAGCCCCCCUUGCACGAGAUAGCAGACAUCAACCAGCUGUCUAGAGGCAGCAAAGACAGGGUCAUGGAGUACAAGAGAUUCUUGAAGACAUACCUAGAGGAGAUUAAAGAGGGAAACUUGCAAAGAGAUUGUGCUAAGGAAAUCGACACUGCCCUAGUCAAAUUAUACGCUGAGACGAAUUCGGCUGAAUUAGUGACAUUACUUGCCAUGGAGAAUAGCUUCGAUCCGAAAGACUGUGUUGAGUGCUUACAGAACAAUCAGAAAUAUUAUGCUCUCGGUCUUAUGUAUCAAUUCCACGGAGAAAAUGAUAAAUCUCUAAGUAUAUGGACCAAAUUAGCAGAUGGUGAAUAUACGGAUGAAUCAUUCCCAGGGUUUGAGUUUGUGGUGGAAUUUCUAGCAAAUUUAGACGAUCAAGAUCUUAUCUGGAAAUAUGUUGAUUGGGUGCUAGCAAAAAAUCAAGAAAUAGGAAUAAAGGUGUUUACUGAACGUCCACCAAAUGAAUCUCCAAGUGAAAAGAUGCGGCCAGAUACCAUUAUAGAUUAUCUCGAUCCCGUACGGUUUCCUGAUGCCGUCAUUAUGUAUUUAGAAUAUCUAGUGUUCCAGAAGAAAUUAGAGAAAGAGAAGUACCACACCCAUCUGGCUGUGUUAUACCUUGAUGCUGUGCUAAAACUGAGAGACAACCAAAAUUCUAAGAAAGAGGACUUGGAUAAAGCUAGGAGUAAACUGCGGCACAUGCUGCAGAUGUCAAGUCUCUACCGGGUUCAACUCAUUCUUGGUAAAGUCAAAGAAACAGACAUGUAUGCAGAAAUGGCCAUACUUUAUGGGAAGCUUGAUGAGCAUGAUAAAGCCCUGCGAAUCCUUGUCCACAAGCUAAAAGAUUUCGGCCAAGCAGAGAAUUAUUGUGUAAUAAACUCAAAAGGGAAGGAACCGCAUUACAGGAAACGACUCUUUCAAAUUCUCCUCGGAGUUUAUCUAGAUCCCACCUAUGAGAGAAGCGACCUUCUUGUUACACCGGCCAUAUCACUGCUCAACAACGACGAAGCGGACUUCGAUACAAUCAAGGUGUUACAACAACUUCCCGACAACUGGUCAGUUAGUUUACUUUCCCAGUUCUUACACCGGUCAGUCAGGACGAGCUUAGACAACAGUCGGACGACCCGAAUACAGACUACGUUAUCCAGAGGAGAGAAUCUGCAGGUCAAACAGACAGUGAUCACUGCUUGUCGAAAUCCAAUUCUAGUCAAGGAAGACAAGACCUGUGCGGUGUGUAAUCGAGUUUUCAGUGAACCAACAUUCGUACGAUAUCCCAACGGAGUGAUGUGCCAUACUCAUUGUUCUCGCAGUAAAUACGUGUGUCCAGUCACGGGGAGGAUGUUCAGUGCCAAGAAAUAAAACAAAACAACUUCGAUCAAAAUUUUAUUGAUUUGUCGAGAGAAGUUGAUUGUUUACCUGUUGUCUCACAAGGGCCAAUAAAACUCCACCUUUUCUAAAGUUAACAUGAUGUCAUGCACCAGCCCAUAAUUGUAGUGAAGUACAGAUUGUCUUUUAGCCCUUGCGCAAAACUAUCGGAAACCAAUUGAGAAAACAGGUUUAGGAUGCUAUAUAUAUUUCAGGUUUGUCCUAAAUUGUCUUUUGAGGACAAAGUCGCAACCUGAGUGCAGUUCAACUUUCUCUCACUAGGGCAAUCGUAUUUUUCCCAGAUACUCAGUUGACAGAUGACCAAGGGUGUUUCUUUUUUCACAUUACCAUUGGUCUGGAUGAUUUUCAUGCUUGAAGCAUGGGUGUGAUGAUCGGUGUUGCUGUUAUAGGCGUGGAAAAUGGGGAUAAAUCACUCGAGCUCCCAGGAGUAUGGCUCCAGUGACAUCAAGUUUGAAAACAAGGAUAGGGAGAGAGCACAGUAAAAUAUUAAGUAAACUGCCCAUAUCAAGAGGUAUGGAAUUAAAAGUCUGAUGUUUAAUUCUUGCUCGUGUCAAUUUCUCUGUUAUUUUGUUGCGUCUGUCUAUGUACAUUUCCUCAUCUGAAAAAGGAGCUUGUUAUAUAUAUAACUAUGUAAAUACUAUUCAAGAACAA